GAUCUCCUUCGCCCCGUCCGCGAAUGGAUGAUCAAUUUAAGCAAAGUCAUCCUAUACAUGCAGUAAUGAGUAAGCCAUGAAAUUCUUAUACCGUAAAUGGGGAAUGUGUAUAUUGUUGCUAUUUGUAUGGCUGAACCCAGUAAAGGUUUCGUUCAUCUUCACGACUGAUGCAUAUUCAGAGUAUUUAUAAUUUUCUAUCACGUAAAGAGUAUCGUUUACUCUUUUUACACUCCAUAUUCAUGGUUAAUCAAUUGAUGUCAUGUGUUUUAUCGAGUACAUAUUCCUUACAGUCCUGAUUAAAGAUAUACUUGUCAAACAUGGGCUCGAGUUACCGGGCAUAACGUCUGGACAGGAUUUUUCCAAUUUUAUGAAACGAUUUACGGGGUCUAACUCCUGAUUUCUCAAAAAUGUCGUCGCGACGAAGGUCGUCUUCUCGUCGACGAUCGUCAGUCAAACGAAGGUCGGUGAGGAAUUCGUACCCUCUGAAGCAAGUGAGGAAUUCCUUGAAAGAGGGAUUCGAGGCUGCGAAACACUUGAAUUUGUCAGUAUGGAGGAGAUUCGGAGCACUUUUAGGAAGAGAUGGAGCUCGUCAGUAUUUAGCGCUGAGGAAGACCGCGUUAUUUUUCUCAAUGUCCUUCUGGACUUUCUUUGGAGCCCUGUCCAUGUUGUGCCACAUGGCUGAUGAGUGCCGACCCUUGGAGACCACCAUCAAAGGAAUAGAACGGCUCAACUGGGUCUUGUACAGUCUGAUGUUUGUCACGCUCGCGUAUGGCACGACGGUGUUCAUAAUUAGCGCCAUUGAUCUUCUUUACAAAUCAGCACGCAUGUCCAUGGAAGGGUCCGGACGUCCAGUCCUCAAAGGCGACCGUUUCAUGAGAAACCAGAGAAUCACAGCUGGAGGCGACCCUGAAUUCAUGUCCAGCACCAUGGUUCGUCCCCGGUAUCGCGUGGACCCAGUCCACCUACCCAUCAACGAACUACCACCUCCUGCUCGACAAACACACACCAUCACGUACAAGCGUAGGGCAUCUCGAGCUGGCUCGAAAACGGAAAAGAACCCGUAUGGCCGCCGUUCGCGAGCUGGACUGAGUUCGCGAGCCAGCCGCCAAGCGUCGGCGAUGGUGAGGCGUCGCCGGCGCAGCAGAAGCAGCAAGGGACGCCGGGUAGUGUUGCCGACUGUUGGCGGACGGCCGAGUGUUCCCAUCAUCAGGAACCCGUCUGGGUUGCACGUGCCGGCCAGGUCACUCAAGAAGCGCUCGCAUUCGCCUUACGACGAAGUGAAGAAUUAUCACGCGAGAUUCAGGAAUAUUUCUGCGCAAAAGAGUCGCGCCAAGACUUCUUUGUCGCCUAUACGGUCGAGGCUGCGGAAGGCUAGGAUAUCGUUCGGGUUAUGAGAUGAUACGAAGCUUUAUUUUAUUAUUUUUAGACGCGUGUAUUCGAAUUGCUGCACUCAUUUCUGUUUUUAUUGAAAAAUGAUGUUGGGCAAAAAUGAAGCUCUAACAACCAAGGAGACGCUCGUCACGCAAUAAUUCUCGAGAGGAAAGCCCUUAAUGACGCGAACAUUCUGGUCAUUUUAUUUUAUUAAACAAAGCGACUGACCAUUUCAAGUUUGAAAUUUUGUGUACAAUAAAUAGGUACAGUACACUCCUUAACUUUCCGAGAGAAUCCCCGCUCUAUCGUACUGUAAGUUCGAAAAUUUCGAAUUAUUUUUGUUCCGAAGGAAGUGGACCAACAGUUUCAACUACUGAACUAAAAUACUAAGAUAAACUGAAGGAUCCUGAACUAAAACGGAAGCAUAUGAAUCCGUUUUUGAAAUCUUAAUUGAGUCUGUGUUAAUCUGCUUAUUGUAAUAAAAAUGACUGAAUUUCUAAACAUGUACGUAGAAUCUGUUAAUCUGCUUACUGUAAUAAAAUGACUAAAUUUCUAAACAUAUACGUUCGUUUCUUUCGUUUGAUAACUCGUCGGCUCAGAGUAUAACCGAGAAACCAUUGAAGAAAUGAAUGAUGAGAGAAGUGGUUUUGAAUGUCGAGGCA